AUGAAAUACCUGGAAAAAUUGUUUUUCCUCAUGUUUCUAGUAGGAAAUUUAUCAUUCACAGAAGGCUGUUUACCCGCCUGGUUUCGAGACGAACAGUCAUCAGAUGUGCUUGAAGGCAGUGGCAGUUUUGAUACCACACAAGCUCUCCCCUUAGAAGGAAAUUCUAUUCAAGAAAUAGAAAAAGAAGAGAACACUCCUGAAGAUGACAUAGAAGAUGAUUUUUAUGAUAUAUAUGGUACUCCAGCUCCAAUAAUCAUAGAUGAGAAAGUUGAGGCAGUCAAAGAAAAACAUAAACAUCUAUGCAAACAUUACUGUUACAAUCGAGGUACGUGCCAAAUCGAAGUUGAUCUGCACACAUACAAAUUCAUUGGCCGUCAAUGUAUUUGUACCUCAGAUCGUGUAGGAGCUCGGUGUGAGAGGCCUUUCACUAGAAGAGUUUAUGAACCUAUGAAUGGACGAAGCAUUCAUUCUGAAAAUUCGCCAUUGCAAGUUUCCUUCUUCCUUCUCAUAAUCAUUUUGCUAGCCCUUGGAUUGGCUAUCUAUUUCUACAGGAGAUGUUUCCGACGUCAUGAUUUCUAUGGAUAUAGUCCUUCUAGUACCUUCUCAGAGUUGAAUCAUCUUCGAAGGAGUGCUCUGUCAGGCACAGGUUUGUCAGAAAACUCUUUACGACGAGGACAAGCGCGAACACCAUUUUCUCCGUCGCCUCGUAUGUACUAUCGCUUGAAUGAUAAUUGGACUCCCGGAAAACCAGUACUUAAAUCAUCCGUUAACUUCUCUCCACCCUUCACCACUAUCUGCAAACCUAAACAGCUAACAAUUCUAAGCAGAUCGGACAUAUCUGCUGCUGAUUCAUCGACAAGCAAUCCCGACAGUCAACAUUCUCAACAACAUCUGACAUCCAAUAACAUACUGCUGAAAGUGCAGGAAGUGUGUGAAGAUGGGGAAAAGCCUGUACCAUCUCCACCACCUGUAUCAUCCACCUUAGAAACACAAUCCUCAUAA